AACAUGGUUUCCAAUUGUCCAUAGUGGGAAUCUUUUCCCAAUUAAAAAACUUGUGAUAAAAUGUUAAAAAUUCAAAAUUUCGCAAUUCUUUUUUUUUUUUUUUUUUUUUAAUCCAAGAAAAUUACUACUCCAUUAACAUUUAGUUGAAGCGAUUCUAAAAAAAAAAACAUUUAGUUGAAGCGAGAAACAAGAAGAGAUAAAAGAAGAAAAAAAAAGACAGCACAUUGACUUGUCUUUAUCCUCACGACUAGGAAAGAAACAGUUGAUCUGCUGAAGUUACGCCACAAUCUUCCACUUCUUCCACCCCAAAACUUUCAAACCCUAAAGUAAAAAUUAUUCCUUUUCUCCAACCCAUAACCACUCACCAAAAUUUCAUAUCUAUCUGUCUAAGCAGGAACAAGAAAAGGGGGGAAAGGGAGAUAGAGAAGAGAAUUGCAAUCAAUGGGGUUUUAUUCACUAAAAAAGAUUUCAGUAAUGGAGUGUAGCUGAAGAACCCACAAGGAAAAGACCCACAUUGCUGGAAAUCUUUUUCUGCAAUGGGAAAGGCAGAUAAUUUGCAGCCUUUGCACGGUACUGCAUAUGAUGCUCAGGGUACAACCCCUGGUGCAGGAAGUACUAAUGGGUGCUGCUUGAGCUGCAGUAGGGUUAGAAAGUUGGUGACUUUGAGAUGUGUUCUUGCUCUGGUCCUUGGUUUUGGAGUGCUUUUGUCUGCUGUUUUUUGGCUGCCAUUCUUCCGUUUUGGAGAUCAUCAAGAUCUGGAUCUGGAUUAUAAAGGUCAUGAAAUUGUCGCAAGGUUUAUGCUGAACAAGUCAGCUUCUUUUCUCUCAGACUGUAAGUUGCAACUUGAGAAUGAUAUUUUUGAUGAGAUUCCUUUCUCCAGUACUAAGGUAGAAAUAAUAGAUUUAAAACCAGCUGGGCCAAACACAACAAAGGUUGUGUUUGCGGUUGAAUCCGAUGCGAUGACACUGAGUUUAAUUAGAGAACAUUUUGUGUAUCUAAUAACAAAUCAAUCAGCUCUUAGUUUGACCGCGCCUUUGUUCGGGGAUCCCUUCUCAUUCGACGUGCUUAAAUUUAAAGGAGGGAUUACUGCCAGUCCAGACCAGAAGGCAUUCCUUUUGCAAGCUGUUCAAAUUCCCUUCAACUUUACCUUGAACUCCUCCAUUGACGGACUGCUCAACAAUUUCGAUGAGCUCACAAGUCAACUCAAAGUGGGCUUGCGCUUAACUCCGUACGAGAAUUUGUUUAUUCGGCUCACUAAUUUGAAGGGCUCCACAGUAGAUCGACCUACAACAGUCCAGUCGCUAGUUGUGUUGGCCGUGGGCAUGAAUCCCUCAAGAGUAAAACAAUUGGCUCAAACUAUCUCAGGUUCACACUCUAAAAAUCUUGGUCUGAACAACACUGAAUUUGGACGGGUUAAGCAAGUUCGUCUUUCGUCAAUCUUACAACACUCCCUCAGCAACGAUGGAAGUAGUCCUUCGCCAUCACCUUCUCCUUCUCAAUCUCCUAUGUCAAAACCCCACCACCACCAUCACCACCACCACCACCAUCAUCAUCAUGCUGCUCCGGCUGUCUCACCUUCUCCGUCAACAGCGAGUGGUGGGUCUUUCAGCGGGAAAGGAUCACCAGUAUCUACACCUGCACCAGCUCCUGCAAAAGCAACGGAGCCUCCGUGUCCUUUUGGUUAUAAUAAUCGGUAUCCAUGGAAGCACAAGCAUCCUCAGAUGGCACCUACUGCAUCGCCAGUUUACGCACCAUACGUUGCUCCAUCACGACCAAGGCGAAUGGAUAAACCAACACCAAAAAUUGCUCCAGCUACUGCAGAACGGCCAUCUCCAAAUGUAGCUCAUGCUCAUAACUGGGCUCCCUCACCAAGUGAAUAUCGUUCAAGGCCUCUGGACGUGAUGUCAAUAACAUCACCCUCUCCAUCUCCAUCUUCUGCAAAGAUGUUGUCCUCCAAACCAUGGGUUCUGCUGCUGUUUACAUUGCUUGGAAUGGCUCUGUAGCUGCGGAAAACGAGGCAGUGUUUUGGUUAGCGCAGGUACUGCACGGAAACUUCCACAACUGCUUUUAUCCAACGGAGCAUUCCAAACUGGAGUUUUGCUGGUGAGAGCGAUGCCCAAAGGGGCUUACCUCACUGUGAGUGCAUAUAUGUUGUCUGGCACGUGUAAAUAUUCGAGUAAAAAAAAAUCUCGGUGGCUAAACAGCAUGAAGGUCAAAGUCUCAGAGGUGACAGGCUUCUCAUGGUGUUGCAAUGCCACUGAUCUAUGUAUGAUAUCUCUUCUGCAUAAAUUUGAGGAGGGAAAACCAACAAAUGUAAACAACACCCUUUUCUUUUCUUUUUGGUUUCUAGUCGCUUACAAGUAAGCCGCGAUUUUCCACAUACAAUUUCCACAGUGGUCUGUAAUUUAUCAGCUGGGAGCUUUAGGAAGGUCUACGUUGAAUUCGACGUGCUCUUUCUGUUGUUGCUCGUGUCUCUUGUUGAAGGAUCUCACCAUUUUAGCAGCUGAGGAAGCAAUAAGAAAUUGUUUCUUCUUU